AUGGAAGGUAAAGAUUCAGGUUCGAAUCCGGCCACGUCGAAAAGUGCCGGAACGAAAAUCACCGCCACAAGCACAGCCAGUGCCACGCAAUCCGCCACCACCGCAGCCAGCGCCUCAAAAGCCGCCUCCACUACCGCCGGAGCAAUUAGCCGUAACUCGCCAACGCCUGCGCCACCAACAUCCUCUGCUCGUCAAGAGGUCAUGAUGCAGGCUAUGCAAAAGCGUAUCACCAUGUUAGAAAAUACCCUGAAAGCAACUGAAGCAAAGCUGAGGGAUCACGAAUCCCAAACUGAGGCGGAUAAUGCCCACACGGCCGGGACUUCAAAUCCCCAAUUUCCCACAACGCAUUGUCAAGUUGCGCCGUCGACGGAACUACAAUUACCGACGGUGUCUAUCGGCAAUCCGCUUCCAGUAACGUCAUUUGCAGAUAGCCGCCAAUCGCCGUUGCAUUUCGUAGCAUCGGCGCCUGCUCAAAACGUUCAGUACGUCACAUCUAAUGGCAUGCCAUUGCCACACAAUAUAUAUGCGUAUUCAGCCACACCUAACAGUGAUGCCAUUUCUGCGAACUGCAAUGCGUCCGCUCACGCCAACGUGGGUCCUGUAGCAACACAGUCGUCUUACCUGCCUAGGCAAAUGCAGGCCUUGCCGGAUUUCUGUGGGAAAGCAGAAGACUGGCCGAUAUUCUACACUGCGUUCACAGAAUCCACUGCAGUCUACGCAUACAGCGAUUUUGAAAAUAAUCAGCGGCUUCAUAGGUGCCUGAAGGGCGAAGCUCGGGAGACUGUGAAGUCCCUGCUUAUACAUCCCAGCAACGUCAAUAAUGUCAUUGAGCAGCUGAAAUUCAGGUUUGGCCGUCCUGAACAGCUGAUUCGUUCUCAGUUAGCGCAAGUAAGGGAGAUUGCGCCCAUAUCGGAAAGUGGAAUGGCGAAACUAGUGCCAUUUGCUACUAAGGUGAACAACAUGUUCAUCUUUCUACAAUCAGCCAUCGGAGGAGAACAACAUCUCGGCAACCCCACGUUGCUCGAUGAAGUCGUUAUGAAGCUACCGAUGAGCAAACGAGUUGAGUGGGCAACUUACGCAGCAUCCACACAGCCGUAUGCUACGAUUAGACAGUUUAGCGAGUGGCUCACAAAACUCGCGAAUGUCAUCUCUGCAGUGUAUGAUGUCGAGUCAGUGCGAGACCCCAGACGCCGUGUCGUACUGCACACGGCCGAGCUGCACCGUCAUGUGAGAUGCCCAAUAUGCCAGGGUCCACACAAGCCAGCCGAGUGCAGAACGUUCAUCGAUCUCACUGUGUCGAACAGGUGGACCGAAGUAAAGAAACGCCGCCUGUGUUUCUCAUGCCUUAACGCCGGACUUGGAACUCGUAAUUGCCAGCGGCAAAAGCCUUGUGCCACAGAAGGGUGCAAAAGAAUGCACCAUAAAUUACUUCACGAAAGCGGAUGUAGGGUCAACAAUGUGGCCGCACAGAUUCACCAUCGUAAUAUGAGCAUGCCAGUAGCCGAACGCUCGCAUACUCAAGGUUCAUCGUAUUUACAACAACCAAGUAAUGCCGAUGCCGCAGUUCUCAGUUGCAGUCGCGGUUCCGCUGACAGCAAGCUAUUAUUUAGAAUUUUGCCAGUCGUGUUGUACAACAAACAUAAGCGCGUUGAAACAUACGCCCUAAUGGACGAAGGUUCGUCGAUCACAAUGAUCGACAAUACUCUUUUGCAGGAAUUGGGUGUGCAUGGCAGUGAACAGCGACUGAAUCUGCAAUGGUUCGGAGGGCGCGCGGCGCAGGAACCAGCCGUGGUAGUAGACUUGUUGGUCAGCGGCGCUGGCAUGCAGAAGCGAUAUAAAUUGCGAAGAGUUUAUGGAGUAUCGAAUUUGCAGCUUCCAUCGCAAAGCCUAAGUAAAGCGGAGUUGAGCUGUGAUGACACUCACGUAAGUAAGUUACCAAUACAAACGUACUCACAGGUCCGCCCUAAGUUGUUGAUCGGGCUGGAUCAUUGCCAUCUUGGUCUAUCUUCGUCCACUUUGAAAAUGAAUAUGAAUGGCCCGUUUGCAGCGAGCACUGAGUUAGGUUGGGUGGUGUAUGGCCCAACUACAAACAAACAACGGUCGUUGCCGACAUGCUUGCAUGUGAACAGUCAGAGUGAUCAGUCAUUGCAUAGCUUAAUGGCCGAUUACUUUGACACCGAAAGCUUUGGGAUAAGGCCAUCACCCCCCAUCGAAAGUGAGGCUGAUGCUCGUGCGAAGAGAAUUCUCGAGAAGACUUCAUUCCGCGUCAAUGGGAGAUUUCAGACGGGUCUUUUGUGGAAGCAUGACAAGGUUGAGCUUCCUGAUAGCUAUCCCAUGGCGCUGCGGAGGCUUAGAGGUAUCGAAAAGAAAAUGAGUCGCGAUGGUGUGUUGGCUGAUGAAUAUAAACGCAUCAUAGAGUCCUACAUAGCUAAGGGUUAUGCGCGUAAGCUGUCACCAGCAGAUGCUGCCUUGUCGUCGUCGACAACCUGCUAUUAUAUGUGGGAUCCUCAACCACUGUUGUAUAUAGAUAAAUAUAAAUCCUUUACUCCGCUUACUGUAAUCGAUGUCACUUAUGAGAACGAAACUGUAAAAUUACGACCUAUUGGUAUUCGAAUUGAGUUCGAUACCGAAGUUAACAAACCUGUUCCAGCUAAUACAUCAGCAUACAGUCUAUUCACAGUUGAACUGGAAGAAAUACGCAGUAUAGAGUUGCUUCCAAUAAGCGAUGAACGAGUUAUAGCGAUCCAGAAAGAGACUAAGGCCGAUGUAACACUACAGCAGCUGGCGUACUUUGUGCUAAAUGGGUGGCCAGAUAAGAGGUCCAAAAUUCCAAACUCCGUCAAGCCGUACUGGUGCUAUCGCGAACAAAUAACUUCGGAAAACGGGUUGCUUCACAAAAGCGACAGAAUCAUCGUCCCUGCGAAGCUGCGCGAAGACAUAUUACGCCGAGUUCAUGCCAGUCAUCAAGGUACUGAAGCAAGUUUGAAACUGGCCAAAGAGUCAAUAUGUUGGCCAAAUAUCAAUGCCGAUAUUAAGAAGUGCAUUGAAAGUUGUUAA